GUGAUGUUGGUCACUGGUCUUAUCUGGGAAUUCUUUUGUAUGGAUAAAUGUUACAAACGAGCAAUAACAGGUAAAAUAUAAUGAAGUUAUAAAUAAAGUUAGUUUAGUUUAGAUUUCCUUCUGUGGUAACACUGGAUCAAUAAGAGAUUAUCCUUACUGGACCUCUAGGGAGAACAAUUUAAAACUGAUAGAGCUAUAUCCAUGCAGUAUAAAUGAAGUUAGUUUAGGUUUCCUCCUGUAGUGACACUGGAUGAAUAACUAAAGAAAUGAUCCUUAUGUCGUAAAUAAGUAGACAAACAUUAUACAUUGAUAACAUGAAGUAUUGACUGUUUUCGCGCCUUUUCAUGGACGCCAUGUUGUUGUUAUUCCACGCUUUAUAUUAUCGAAAGAACCUGUAUUAAUCGUAACAAUAUACCAAUAAAUACUUGAAAUUAUGGUGCCGUGACCAGGAUGAAAGAACAACAACGUCUAAUAGCAUCACGGAGAGCACACAGAGCACAUUUAACGAAAGUUUUGAAGAAAAUUACGGAACUAAAAGAAGUAGAAGACGAUCAAAAUGAACAGCAUGCUAUUGUGACACUUGGCAGUUAUUUAGAGCAACUCCAACGGAAAGGACACGUACUAUCAGAACUAGACAAUAAGAGAUUUGAACUAUUCACAAAACCUGAAGAUUUGGAAGCAGAUAUUAUCGAGGCAGAAGACACACAGAGUUUUAUCGCAGAGACAAUUUGUACAACUAAAAAUUUUAUUGAGAACAAAAUCAAGUCCAUGAACAUAAGUCAGCACGACCAAGCAGCAGGAGCGAGUAACAAUAUUCAACAAACGCCAGAAAGCAACCAGGCAACAAGCAGUGAGAGUGAACCUGCAGGAAAUCAACCAUCAACACCAGAAGAGACACAACCACAAUCAAGCACAGUAAGUGAAAAUUUACCUGUCAAUUUAAACCAGCCACCCACUACAAGUACGUCAGUUACAAGUACAAACCCCACCAUUUCGAACAGUAGUUACAGCAUGAGUCGACUCCCAAAGUUAGCACUACCAACCUUUGACGGCAACCCCUUGAAUUGGCAAACGUUCUGGGAUUCCUUUCGCACAGCAGUACACGAUAACCCGUAUCUAAGCAACAUACAGAAACUGAACUAUUUAAGAGCCCAGUUAAUUGGGGAAGCAUCAAGGUCAAUCGCUGGAUUUCCUUUAACCGAAAAUAACUAUCUAGAGAGUAUCAAACUAUUACAAGAGAGAUUUGGUCAACAACACAGCAGUGAGUGCACACAUGCAAGCAUUAUUAAACAUACCAAGCCCGACAAGUACCUUGUCUAGUCUAAAGAGUUUCUACGACACAUUGGAAACACAUAUCCGUGCACUCGAAGCGUUAGGAAAAUCACACGAUUCAUAUGGGGACAUUUUGAUUCCUAUAAUCCAUAAGAAAUUGCCAGCAGACUUGAUAAAAACACUUACGAGAGAACACAACACUAAUGAAUGGAAACUAGAUGAGCUCCGAAAGGCAAUACGCAGAGAAAUCGACAUAUUAGAAGUAGGUGAAAAUAACCCCUCUAAGCAACACCCAAAUGAAAUUUGUCCAGACCCACCUACAGCAGCAUUUGCCAUUGGACAAUCAAAAAACUCGACAUACAAGCCCCGUCAUGUACCAUCAACCACAGCAAAGCGAGCAUGUGUUUACUGUAAAGGUUUGCAUAGUCCAAAUAACUGUACUGUCAUAACUGACAAGAAACACAGACACAACAUAGUGCGAGAUUUCAAACUAUGUUUCAAUUGUCUUAAUGAUAAUCACAUUGUGUCCCAGUGCAAGACAAGGGGUCGAUGCAAAAUUUGUCAUCGCAAACAUCACACAAGUUUAUGUUCAGCAGAAAAUCCCCCACCCCCCAACCAAGAUAAACAGGACCCCACACCAAAUGUUCCAAACCAAUCAGUAAAUACAAUUAAUACCGCCCCAACCGAAAACAUGGCCACACCCACAUCCAUUUCACCCGCAGCAACAACGCCCACAACCAUUUCACCCUCAACAAUUCAACAUCUAAGUGAAAACAAACACAAGUCAACAUUGUUGAAGACAGCCAUCUCUCCAAUUGAGUACAUUGGGUCGACAGUUACUGCCCACAUUUUGUUUGACGAAGGGUCUCAUCGUUCAUUUAUCACCAGUAGCUUAGCCAGGAAUGUGGGUCUAACAGCUGAACGCGAGGAAACCCUUUCCCUCUCCACAUUUGGUGGGACAACCACAUCAGUAAGAAGAGUAGAAGUAGGUACCAUCAACUUGCAGACUCCUGUAGGAGAAAACAUUGCCAUUGAAGUUGCUGCCCCUUUACAAAGUUUUACUACCAUUGAUUUGCAUAAUUUGCCCCACCUUAAAGGACUGACAUUUGCACACCCAAUAACGAAUGAGCAUACCUUUGACAUUGAUUUAUUGAUUGGAGCAGAUCAUUAUUGGAAUGUCGUUGAAGAUGAAAUAAUCAAGGGUUCUGGCCCAACAGCAGCAAAGUCAAAGAUUGGUUAUCUCCUGUCAGGACCCAUUCCACUGUCCAACCAAACAUCUGCAUUAAACACCACCAUUUUAAACAUCAUGACAGCAAGCAAGGAUGAUGAAUUUGAAUUCCGACGUUUUUGGGAGCUAGAGUCAAUUGGAAUUCAACCACGUGAAAAGGACGAUACAUCAGAUUUCUUGCAACAAUACCAAGACACAUCUAUUUCCCUGAAAGACGGAAAAUACCAUGCCAAAUUACCGUGGAAACCCGAUCAACCAAUCCUACCACCCAAUGCUGAAAUCGCUGCGAAAAGAACAAGAUCAAUGGUACGACGAAUGGCGAAUGAUCCAGAGAAGUUAAAAAUGUACAACGACGUGAUCAUUAAUCAAGAAAAACAAGGUUUCAUCGAGAAAGUGGAAAACCCAAACAUGAACACUCGAACAUGUCACUAUAUUCCUCAUCACGCCGUAAUUAAAGAGUCGUCUACCACACCACUACGAGUCGUUUAUGACUGUAGUUGCCGUAAAUCUUCAGAUCACGCAAGUUUAAACGAUUGUUUAACAACUGGACCCCCAAUCCUCAACGAUUUAACAGCAAUAUUGCUCAUAUUCCGUCAGCCGAAGUACGGAUUAACAGCAGAUAUCGAAAAGGCAUUUUUAAAUAUUGUCCUGGAUGAAGAAGAUCGUGAUGCUACCCGCUUCUUCUGGUUGAACGACCCGAGCGAUCCAACUAGUGCCUUUGAUGUUUACCGAUUUAAAAGUGUGUUAUUUGGGGCAACGAGUUCACCAUUUAUUCUAAAUGCCACCCUUGAUAAACACUUAAAACAAUUCAAUGAUCCAGUAGCGAAACGUAUUCGUGAAGAUAUUUAUGUUGACGACCUUGUGUCCGGAGCCCAAGAUGAUGACGAAGCAGUUUCAUUUUAUACCAAAGCACGAACACUGAUGACACCUGGUGGAUUUAACUUGAGAUCUUGGGCAUCGAACAACCCUGUUGUCAAGACGAUCGCAGCGAAAGAAAACCUUUUAAAUGACAAUCUGAAACCUAAAGUUCUUGGCAUGCAGUGGGAUACUAUCAACGACACCCUCCUCUACCCCAACAGAGUGACCACAUCCGAAUCCAAUCCCCCAACGAAACGUGAAGUAUUACGUACUUCAUCAAAGAUAUAUGACCCCAUUGGGUUCCUUAACCCCGUAGUCGUUAAUGCGAAAAUUCUGAUGCAAGAGAUAUGGAUGAGAGGGUUGCAAUGGGAUGAACUCUUACCACCGGAAAUACAAGCGAGUUGGGAGAAACUGACUAAAGAAUUACAAGCAAGCAUCCAUGUACAAUUACCUCGUCAAUACUUUCCAUCAACAAAUGGGUUGCCCGAGGAUACAGAGUUACACAUAUUCGUAGAUGCGAGCUUGAAAGCUUACGGUGCCGCAGCAUAUGUUAAAUCUUCCAAAGCCAAUCAUUCCUCCUUUGUUAUGGCAAAGUCGAGAGUUGCGCCAUUGAAAAAGUUGACGUUACCCCAAUUAGAACUAACGGCAGCUUCGAUAGGAGCACGGUUAUGCUCGUACUUGGCAAAAGUACUACAAGUUACGAACGUUUUCUUGUGGAGUGAUAGCCAAAUCGUCCUGCAUUGGCUUCACAGUACCAAACAACUUAAACCUUACGUUGCCAGCCGAAUUGCAGAAAUCAAAACUCUUACAUCUAUCGAAAAUUGGAAAUACUGCCCCACAGAAGAUAACCCCGCAGAUUUGCUAACACGAGGCAUCACCACCAACCAACUCAAUGCAUCAGAAAUCUGGCGAACUGGACCAACUUGGUUGCUAGCAACUCCAGAGACGUGGCCAUCUUGGACACCCUCAACUCACCUCUUACUAACCCAAACUGAGGAUUCCACAAACGAAGAAAAUGUAUCGACAACACCUGAAGAUCCGUACAAACAACCCGGAUUCCAUCAUCUAUUAACGGUCUCUAAAUUUAGUAAUCUCUCACGACUAGUGAACGUCGCAGCAUACGUUUUACGGUUUGUGAAAAACUGCAAAGACAAUCAAGUCAAGGAAAUCGGACCUCUAACCCCACGCGAAAGGGAUGAAGCAACUCGUCAGUUGAUCCAGAACGCACAACAAUUGACAUACCAUAACGAAAUCAAUAAUCUCGCAGCGAAAAAGGCACAACGAUUACCUUUAGUACGCCAACUUCGUCUAUUCAAGGACAAGUUUGGCCUUCUUCGCUCUGGUGGGAGAAUACACAACGCGCCCCUCGCAGAAUCAACGAAAUUCCCAAUACUUCUACCACCGAGAAAUGACUUCACGAAGCUCAUAAUCGUCGAAACUCAUGUUCGCCAAUUACACUCGGGUGUGAACGCGACACUAACAGCGCUACGUCAACGAUAUUGGAUUCCUUCCGGACGACAACUCGUGAAGAAGAUCAUCAAUAAAUGUGUCACCUGCAGGAAGAUAUGCGGAAGCUCGUAUAAUCCUCCAGAUCCACCACCAUUGCCGAAAGCAAGACUUCAACAAACACGACCAUUUGAAAUCACAGGUGUUGAUUUCACUGGAGCAUUGUACGUAAAAGAAUCGGGAACAGAAAAUAAAGCAUACAUUUGUCUCUUUACGUGCGCCACCACAAGAGCUGUACAUCUCGAAAUUGUGUCGGACAUGUCUGUACCAACGUUUAUCCUUGCAUUCCGUAGAUUUGUUGCUCGGAAAUCACUACCCAAAUUAAUGAUGUCAGACAAUGCUUCUACAUACUUGUCGGCAGCGGAAGAACUGAAGAAAUUGUUUGAAUCACCCAUACUGAAAGAGACACUCAUUAGACAGAAUGUACAAUGGCAAUUCAUUCCAAAGAGAGCACCGUGGUUCGGUGGCUUUUGGGAGAGAUUGAUAGGACUGACGAAAACAGCUUUAAAGAAAGUACUUGGAAGAGCGUCAGUGAACUUAGUAAUGCUACAAACAAUCGUGGUGGAAAUCGAAGCCAUUUUAAACGAUAGACCAUUGACAUACGUGUCGUCAGACGUAAAGGACCAACAACCACUUACACCAUCGCACCUCUUAUAUGGCAGAAGAAUAACAGUCCUACCAAAUGAGUCCCUAGAGGAAGAUGAGUUGAUUGAUCCGAACUUCAACGAAAAUGUAGAAAUCCAAAGGAACGCCAAGAGACUAGUACUACUCCUACAACACUUUGAGCAACGUUGGAGACAAGAGUAUCUCACAUCCUUGCGAGAAUUCCAUAAGAAUACUGGUACAGAAAAGGAAACUAUCAAAGUAGGAGACGUUGUACAAGUCCAUGAUGAUAAAUCUCGACUAACAUGGAGAUUAGCAGUGAUCGAAAGUUUAAUUCGAGGACGGGAUGGACAUGUGCGAGCUGCUAACAUUCGAACAGCAUCCGGAAAGACUAAUAGACCCAUAACGAAACUUUAUCCUCUAGAAGUAGCAGCUAAAACAGAAGAACCAGGCCUCGUAGACAAGGAUUGUGUCCAACAAGAAAAUGCAGCAACCGAAAUUACUCCACGACCGAAACGGACAGCCGCGUGUAAAGCAGUUGAACAAAUCAGGAGAUGGACCCGAGAACUUCGCGUGCCCCCGGAGGAUGUCGUAAAUAAGUAGACAAACAUUAUACAUUGAUAACAUGAAGUAUUGACUGUUUUCGCGCCUUUUCAUGGACGCCAUGUUGUUGUUAUUCCACGCUUUAUAUUAUCGAAAGAACCUGUAUUAAUCGUAACAAUAUACCAAUAAAUACUUGAAACCUUACUGGACCUCUAGAGAGAACAGUUUAGAACUGAUAGAGCUAUCCAGUAUAAAUAAAGUUAUAAUUAGUUUAGUUUAGGUCUCCUCCUGUAGUAACACUGGAUCAAUAAGAGAUAAUCCUUACUGGACCUCUAGGAACAACAGUUUACAACUGAUAGAGCUAUCCAGUAUAAAUAUGUUUAGUUUAGGUUUCCUCCUUUACCAACACAGGAUCAAUAAGAGAUGAUUCUUACUGGACCUUUAGGGAGAACAGUUUAGAACUGACAGAGCUAUCAAUAAGAUGGAUGAAUAAGAUGAAUGAAUAAGAAAUUACCUUCACUGGAUCGGACCUUUAAGGGAGAACAGAUUAGAACUGAUAGAACUAUCCAACAGAUUAGAACUGAUAGAACUAUAGUUCUAUCAUUAGACUAGAUUAGAACUGAUAGAGCUAUAGUUCUAUCAUUCUAACCUGUUCUCGAUAGAGGUCCGGUCUUAUUGAUGCAAUGUUACUACAGGACGAAACCUAAACUAAAGUAACUUUAAUUAUGCUGGAUAGCUCUGUCAGUUCUAAUCUGUUUUCCCUAAAGAUGCAGUAUGUAUCAUCUUUUCAAAUAAAGUUAAUUUAGUUUAGAUUUCCUUUUGUGUAUAGUAACACUGUACAGGCAAGAGAAGACUCUUACUGGACCCCUCGGACGAAAGUUUAGAAAGAACUGAUAGAAAAUUUAACUUUUUCUAUAUAUUAAUUGUAUAUAGGCUCUUCAGUUGACGUGGGUAUGAACGCGACAAAGUUGGACCAAAUAGAAAAGGAAAUGAUUGCAGACAUACAGAAAAUGUUCUCAACCUGGAGAGCUCAACGAGACCUCGAGAUCGGGAUUGCAGGACCCAUGGAAAUCCAGGACGUCGAACAGAAUGGCGAGCAGUUUAGUAUGAAACAAUCGCAACAAUUUCCACAACAACAGCCGGUGUCACAACAGAAACUGUAGGAGAGGAGCAGCUGAUCUCGUAGAUGAAUAUGUAAAUACGUAACUUUUUCUUAUUUUGUUUUCAUCGUGUGUGAGCACAUUUGCCCUCAGUCGUGUCUUUAAUUAGCAGUGAAUCACCUGGCGUUAGGGAAAGUAAGUUUCCUGGCGUGAGUCGUGGGGUUAAACAGGGGAAACUAAAGCCUGGUUAGGGACCGGUCAUUAUUUAUGGCCGCCGGGGGUGGCACCAAAGAGAAAAGGGUUUAGUAAGUAAAGGGUUGGGUAAAUGAAAAACAAAACAACUCAAAGGUUGAGUAAUGAAAAUUUAUUGUCAUUUCCAAAGCAUGACUCACUGAAAUAUUGGAGACUGAAAAGCAA